AAUAGCUUCAAGGCUUAAAGCUCGUCUCCCGAACUUGAACCUCAUCCUCAACUGCUCGUCAUCAGCCAAUUCGUCCCCAUAACCAACACUUGCGCACUCCUCCUUGAUCCAUUCCAAAAUUCACAAUGGCCACCUCCUUCCGCUCCGUCCGCGCACUCGUGCCCCUUUUGGACCGCGUCCUCGUCCAGCGCGUCAAGGCCGAGACCAAGACCGCCAGCGGCAUCUUCCUUCCUGAGUCCAGUGUCAAGGAGCUCAACGAGGCCAAGGUCCUCGCUGUCGGACCCGGCGCCCUCGACCGCGACGGUAAGCGGUUGCCUAUGGGCGUCAGCUCUGGCGACCGCGUCUUGAUCCCCCAGUUUGGCGGCUCCCCCGUCAAGGUCGGCGAGGAAGAGUACCAUCUCUUCCGUGACAGCGAGAUCCUUGCCAAGAUCAACGAGUCGUCAUAAGUCAGCCUCCGUCACGAUUGUAAAAGAUACCCACGAGAUGUUGGCGUGUACAAUACUGUGUAUCAAAAGAAAUUUCAAAACAACAAGUUAAAAUGGGACAACAAGGCUACCUCCCUUGUCAAUAACACAAGGGCUUGUCUCUGGAGGGAGCGUGAGAGUGUUGCUUUUGCAUAGACAAUGGUGUAAUCAAUUAUGCGUGUACACUUUAGUCUUCGCGAUGCUAGGAGAUGGGGCCAUGGUCAGAUUAUGAAGGGAUGUGGGAAGGGAGUUUACACUGUCGUUCUUGACCAUGGCCCUGCUCUGUCUUACCGCCGGGGGCCUUUUCUUUCUCUAGUCCAUGAAGAAACCUCUCCUCUCUGCCAUCCCUGAUUAACAGUCUGUAGAACAAGGAGUUCUGUUAAUAU